CAUGCUUUAAAAAUCAGUUUCAGCAAUUGUUUUUAGGACUAUCUGUAAAUCCAGCAAAUAUGGAGCCUGACAAUCACACGCUGCUUUCCAGACUACAAAAUCAUCUUUUUCUCGCGGUGUUUUCUGGGAUUUUCUCUCUCGCUGCAAUGGCUCAUAAUGAGAACAGGAAUGUGUACGGCUCUCCUGCAAGGUACCAUGCACGGGUCAGCACGCAGCUGCAUCCCGAAUAUGACUGCUUGCAAACGCGAAUAUUUAAAAUAAUUGUUAUUGGUGACUCAAACGUGGGAAAAACCUGCUUGAGUUACCGGUUUUGUGGUGGGAAAUUCCUGCAAAAUCCAGAAGCCACUAUCGGGGUGGAUUUUCGGGAACGGACUGUGGAAAUAGAGGGAGAGAAAAUAAAGAUUCAGAUAUGGGACACUGCCGGGCAGGAGAGAUUCCGCAAAAGCAUGGUGGAACACUACUACAGGAAUGUUCACGCCAUCGUCUUCGUGUAUGACAUCACAAAGCUCUCCACGUUUGAGAGCUUGCCAGACUGGAUUGAGGAAUGCGCCAGACAUUCCGUCUCUCCUUCCGUGCCACGGAUCAUGGUUGGCAACAAGUGUGACCUAACGGACACAUGUCAGAUCUCUACUUCCUCUGCCCAGCGGUUGGCGGAUAACUAUAACCUGCCCUUGUUUGAGACUUCUGCGAAGGACCCCACUGAAAAAGAGCACGUUGAUGCCAUUUUUAUGACACUGGCUUACAAGCUGAAGAACCACAAACCCUUAAGACUAAAACAGCUACCUCGGGAGAGCAGUAUGGUACAUCUUUCUCAGGAAGAAGAUGCCCAGAGCCCUUGUCUGUGCUAAGGUUUUCGUUUCCUGCACACUUGUGAUAGCGUUGUCAUGCACUGUAUCUUGACUUGAUGGUCAAUCCAAUCUUGGAGUACAGUGCCCUGCUAUACAAUGACAUUCAUUCCAGAGUUUCACAUUGUUUCUGUUGCGGAUGUGUGCACAGGGCAUAGUCUUAUACUUGGAGAUUUGAAACCUCUGGCUUUCUCUUCUAUUGACAGGAGGAGGUUUGAGUUCUGUUCUACUUCAGAAAAUUCAAGAUAAUCAGUCAGUCAGUCUUAAGAUAUCAGUACCUUACAUCUUAUGUUGUUACUUUCUGACAACAAUCAUUUUAAAGGCAUGUCAUUAUUUAUUUAAAUGAUGUAUACUAAGUUAGUGGAUUGUUUUGAAAGGGGAGGUGAUCUAAGUUUUUACUAAGGAUCAUUUUCACAUUAGGCAAAUAUCCUGCAGGAUUCAGAUUCAUUUAUGUAUUUGUUUAAUAAAAUGAACUGUAGAGUAUAUUUAUAUGUGUAAUAAGGAGGAAAGCAUCCAGAGAUGUUUGGCAUAGAUCAGAAUCAAAAGGGUUAUAUUGCAAUAUUUGGCUUUAAUAAUAAACUGUUUUUGGACCAGGCACAAAAACAUGACCUUUGAGAAAUAAGAGUACACUUGAAACACAAGGAUUGAUGUGAUCAGGAUGUCUCCAGCCUCACAUCUGGGUAUCGGUUAUUCUAGAAAGCAAGUUGCUAGUAAGAAUGUACGUAUUGAAAGCAUUCCAGUGGGUUGUGAAGCGUCUGUUUGAUUUAUAGGUACUGGUCACAUGGGAUAGUUAAAACUGUAAUGCAAGAGGUUCAAAAAGACUAAGCAGUGGUUUGCAGACUUGAAUUAAUGUUAUCAUUCAUCAAAAACAAUAUAUUUGCAUAGUUUGUUUUGUGUGUUUUUUGUUUUGAAUCAGUGAUCUGCUGCUGCAAGGCAAGACUUGGAAGCAGCUGUGCACAAUGCAAUAAAAUAAUAAAUGAUCUGAAAACACCACCGUGAAUCUCUAGUGGUGAAGUGUAUGAGCCAGCCAGCAUCCUGGUCUGCAGAAACCAGACAUGAGACCUUUACAACAUAGUAUCAGAGUUAAUACCAUACAGAGACUAGAGACCAGACAUGAGACCUUUACAACAUAGUAUCAGAGUUAAUACCAUACAGAGACUAGAGACCAGACAUGAGACCUUUACAACAUAGUAUCAGAGUUAAUACCAUACAGAGACUAGAGACAAGACAUGAAACCUUUACAGCAUAGUAUCAGAGUUAAUACCAUACAGAGACUGUAGAACCAGACAUGAGACCUUUACAACAUAGUAUCAUAUUAUAUACAUUUGAUAUGCUCUUUUUUAUUUUUCAAGUUCUCAACCCCCACUAAAGGGUGGUUUAUGUAUUGCGAUUUACAGAGAAUUGAACAUCCCCAGGCAGUAUAGUAUAACAGGUUAGCUAUCUGUUACAAGAAAAAGAAAACACAGAAAAAGCGUGUGUCUAUCUGAGCGCUUCCCACUAGAAUAUCUUACAAUGCAAACAUUGGCAUGGCAGGAGUAAACUUGAUAUAUCCAUAACACACAUGUACAAAUACAGCGGCAUGUGAACUGAGAGCAGGACCCUCUCUCUCCAUUUCAAGGUGCUGCUUUUGACACCCGCUAGAAACCCCGCGUGUUAAAAUGUAGCACGACAGUUACAAAAGUAAACAGAAACGUGCAGCUGAAAACACAUUUCUUGUUCUUUCCAUCUGCUAUGCUGACUGGUAAACAUUCAAGGUAUGAAACAAGGUGUUACUUUCGCCACUCUUGCAGAUACUUACAGCGUGCUUGUGCAGGUUUGUCUUGGGAACAGUCUGGUGGAUAUCGCAACUAUCCAUCCCUGCCGUGGCAGCUCAAGGACUUAUACAGUUAGUGGCUUUUAAAACACACGCCCACACACACACACACACACACACACACACACACACACACACACACGCAUAAUGUUCUGCAUUUUUGCAGCAUACUAGUCUGCUAAGGAGAGUAUCGCUAUUACUUAAACUGACGGAGUUCACGUGGUUUAUUUGCUAUGUACUCCCAUUUGUUAAAUGAUAAUGAAGUAGUGCUAUUUCUGGAGUUGUUAUUACAAAAUUACGUUAUAGAAAGUAUUACUCGCGUAGUAAAACACAUUUCUCAUAAAAGUAAAGGCAUUGACUAUGAUAAUUACAUUACAUAGUAAUACAUAUUUACUGAGCAACUUUGUUGUUUGAGUAAUGGUUUUGUGAUAUGAUUAUGAGUCGUACAUUAAAAUACAAUGCCACACAUGCAUCAUUUUUAUCUGCACUUCUGUAUUGGUGGAAAGCCUCAUUUUGUCAGGUAACGUUAUUACUGUAUUAGAUACAGUAGCUUGUGUUAAGUGUACCAGGUACAAUACACUCUGCGACACCCCGCACUUCCUAAAAGAUCCGCUAGAGGGCUUCUCACACUGUGUGCUUUAUGUGCGCACAUGCAUUCAUUUUGCUUUGCGCAGCAAGAUGUUCCAAUAUGCCUAUAUUGAAGGCAUUUUAUGAACGCAUUUCGAUGUCUUAAAAAACAUUACCUAUGUUGUAACUGAAGUUGAAUUUGUUAAGGUUGCCUUCUCUUCUGUUAUAUACUGCGAUAUGAUGAAGGUUGUCAUCAUCUCUUGAGCGCUUCCCGCAGUUGUGUUUAAAAUACUGUCUGGGCUGUCGCCUCGACCUCUGAAUUUCUGCACCUGCAGCUUGAAUCACGAGGCCGUUGACAGCACUUCGUGUGAACAAAACUGGGUACAUUUCAUUACACUCCUCGGCCCUGGAGACCUGCAGAGCAGCCGUUUCAAUCAUUCAAGCCCAAAUAAAGUUAGUGGUGUAACAUGCACUCAUGCAAUUGGCUGUAUUGAGGACUCAGAUUAAAAAAAAAAAAAACUACAACAACCCUGCAAUGUAUUCUUCAAGCAGA